AUGGAUAAAGUAAUACUGAAGAAUUUGAGCUUCGAUCUUGCCGUUGGCUUCGACGCCUGGCGACGGUUCGGCAAGGCUCAGCCCACCUUAAUCACGCUUGAGGUACAGCCCGAGGCCAACUUCGAGGGCGCAGCUGCUCAGGACAAUGUCAAUCUGAGCAUGGACUAUGGCGCCUUGUACAAGAGGCUCUGUGGCGGUCUACACCCGGGCGAAGUUUUCCCGACCGUUCGCGCCCUGAUAUCUCGGCUACACAGUGUGGUGUACGACUUUACCAAGCUUGAUAUCGACAUUCUCUUCCCAAAGGCUCUCCUGCAAGUCAACGGUGGAGUCUUGUACCAGUUCCAGGUGGACAAUUCAGGUCCUGGAGUGGCCAUGUCGACUUUGAGCGUGACUGUCAAGCAGAUUGCCUGCAGCUGCAUUAUCGGGGUCAACCCACAUGAACGUCUUUACCAACAGUCAUUAUUCAUUGAUAUCACUAUGCCUCUGAUGACCGCUGCUGUCGGCUCCGAGCCUCCCGAGGAGUCCUACACAGUAGCAUUGCAUGACAUGGUACGAGAAAUAGUCGAAAAAGUCGGUGGGUCGGCAUAUCACACAUUAGAAGCUUUGGCAACCGCCGUCGCUCAAAUAGUCACAAUCAACUAUGGCCAUAAAGCCGCAAAAGUCCAUAUCGACAAACCCAGCGCUAUCGCAACCAUCGAGGCCGCUGCGGUCGAGAUCACUCGUACCAAAGGAUUCUUCGAAAACAAAGAUUUCUGGAAAGUCAAGCGCCCUUAG